AUGAUACGCUCAAGAACCGCUCUGGCGGCUUUAAAUACUACGCUUAGGAGACAAUGGGCCUGUCAGAAGUGUCUUUCUCACAGUCGCUUCUACUCCCAGAAGACCGAAAAGCGAGAACCUCCCGAUCACCGCAAGCUCGGCCUCCAGCAGGAACUCUUCAUCAGCUCUAUCUACAGCCCUGGUUCCCCCAUAUUCCUCCCAAAUGGAGCUCGGAUUUUCAAUAGACUUGUCGACUUUCUCCGAAAACAAUACGUUCGAUAUGGAUUCGAGGAGGUUAUCACGCCAACUAUUUACAAAAAGUCGCUAUGGGCCAAGUCAGGUCACUUGGAAAACUACGCGGACGAUAUGUAUGCUGUGAGGGGAAACACAGAACCCCCGCCGCCGCAACAUGAUGGGUGCUGUGGGAGCCACCAGGAACAUUUGAAACCAGAAGAGGAGGAAGAAGGAGACUAUGGCUUGAAGCCGAUGAACUGUCCCGGCCACUGUCUCAUAUUCGCUUCAAAAAGACACAGUUAUCGAGAUCUUCCCGUUCGAUAUGCAGACUUCAGCCCUUUGCACCGCAACGAAAUUUCUGGCGCAUUGAGUGGACUUACUCGUGUUCGACGUUUCCACCAGGACGAUGGACAUAUCUUUUGCCGACCUAGCCAGGUGGAGGAAGAAAUCAAGAAGACACUGGAUUUUGUCAAGGUCGUCUAUACAGUCCUGCGUUUCGGCGCGAACUACCGCCUGGCACUCUCCACCCGACCCAAGGACCACUACAUCGGUACUGAGGCGGAAUGGGAUCAGGCUGAGAAUGCUCUGAAGCGAGCAUUGGACGCAUCGGGCAUGGAAUGGGACGUCAAGGAAGGAGAUGGCGCUUUCUAUGGUCCCAAGAUUGAUAUUGUUCUGACGGACUCCGAUGGAAAAGACCACCAGACAGCCACCAUUCAGCUCGACUUUCAACUUCCCAAGCGAUUUGAACUCGAAUAUCAAGCACCUGCACCAGAGUACGAGGUUAGGGGUGAGACAACCGAGGAUCCUGCCCUUCUGGCCGAGUAUGGACCUGUGCGUCCCGUCAUGAUUCACCGUGCUGUUCUGGGCUCUGUAGAGCGUCUCAUGGCACUCUUGAUCGAGAAAUACGACGGCAAAUGGCCUUUCUGGCUAAACCCUCGUCAAGCCAUUGUCCUCACCGUCAACACAUCCGCUCCCGUUUUAGAUUGGGCUGAACAUGUACGCGAUGUCCUGGUUGGUCAAAACAAGCAGUUUUAUGAACAGCUGGAGAGCGGCGCGUUGCCUAGCCAAGACCAUGCUUUCCGACCAACUGGAUUGGCAGUAGAUGUGGAUACAACUGCCCGACCUCUAGGAGCCAAGAUCAAGGAGGCCCGAAAUAAUGGCUAUGGCCAGAUUCUUGUUGUCGGAGAAGACGACGUGAAGAACCAACAGGUUGCGCUGGGCAAGGAAAGACUAACGCCGGAGGAUUUACGAGAGCGGUUGAAAACCAUGGUAGAGACAUUCGCCUAG